AUGUCAAGAAGAAGUAUUUUAUUAGGGUAAACGAUGUCUGAUUAAGAAAGACAGGAUUUACAAAAAAUUAUCUAUCAAAUUGAAUAGAAUCCAGAUAUUUAUGAUUAACUAUCUGAAGAUUAAAUACUUGGAAUCAUUUGCAUUAUUCUUAAUAAAUCUUCAUAUCAUCGAUCUUUUGCCGAAAUGGAUAUUUUAAAAAUAGCAACUAAAAACAAUGAAUACUUUUAGAACAUGAUAAAUCAACCUUAAGGAGAUGUAUUAUGGGAACGAUGUUUAAGGAAAAUUACUUAUAAUUAUUUACCGAUUGGAUUCAAUCUUUUUAGAGAAGGAGAUCUUGGAACUACAUUCUAUAUAAUUUUAUAAGGUCGUGUCUCAAUUCAUAAGAAAUAUCAAAUAGGGAUAAACUAAUUUGAAGAAAGAGAACUGACUUAAUUGCAUAAAGGCUAAUCUUUUGGAGAAUUGGCAUUAGAAAAUGAUGCUCCAAGAUCUGCAUCUGUUAAGGCAUUAAGUUCAACUCAUCUAGCUGUAUUAGAAAAAGAAGAUUAUAUGAUAAUCAAAAAAACUCUAGUAUUAAGUGAAUUUUUAUCAUUAGUCUAAUUAAUAAAAGUAAAUGUAUUUUGAAGAAUUUGCUAAAUUAUCCAUUUUCUCAGAUUGGAAAUUUACAAAUAUUAAAGGGCUGUUCGAUUAUGUAUAAUUUCAUUAAUAUGGACUUAAUCAUCAAAUUUAUAAAGAAGGUGAACCAUCAAAUUAAGUAUUUUUUAUACAAUAAGGUGAAUUAAAAGUAAUUAUAUAUAAUUAGUCUAAUUUAGGUAAUUAAAUACUUACAAUUGAUCAAAUAAAAUAAUUAAAAUAAUAAAAUAUAAGUUUUUAAUUGCGAAAAAUAGUAAAAAGAAUUAGAUGAUAUCAGUUAACUUUAAGAAUUAAGUGUUUAUCAUAAGAAAUAGUUAACAAAUAGUGAAAAAAUAGAUGAGCUUUUUUAAAAAAAGAAAUAUGGACAUUUAAUUUAGGUUGAUAAAAAAUAAACAAUAACUCUUAAAUAUAUUGGAGCAGGAGAAAUGUUUGGAGAAUUAGAAAUUUUGAAAAAUCCAGAUAUUCCUCGAUAAAUUAGUGUUAUAACAACUUAAGAAACAAAUAAAAUUUAUACAAUAAACAAAAAAGAUUUUUUAAGAGUUUUAUAUUUUGAUUAAGUUUUGCACUAAAGUCUUGUAGCUCUUAAUGAUAAUAAAUUAAAAUAGAUUUUGAAUUAAAUUAAAGGUUUCUAAAAAAAUUUCUUUGAUAAACAAGAUAAAUAACAGCUUUUAGAAACAACUUAAAAUAAGGAUUUUCUUACUUUAGAUUAUAGAGACUAUGAAGAAUAAUAAUAAAAUCAAAAAAAAAUCAGUAGCUCGAAAAAAAAUAUAUCAUUAAGAAAUUUUAUUUUAGAUAAUAAAACAUAAGAUAUUGGUUUAACUCUUUAAUAGAGAGAAACAAAUAGUAUAAAAAAUUAAAAUUUAAUUUUUCAUAAACAUACUUUAUCAGAUUUUAAAUUAAAUACUGAUAGAGUAAUAAAUACAAAUUCAUCUUAAAAAAUUAAUUUAAAAAUAAGAUCGAAUAACUAAAGUCCAGAUUCGUCCUCUUUUCAAUAAAUAAAGUUGAAUUUAUGUAAAUAUCAAUCAACAUCUCCUCUAUCUAAAACAUAAAGAGUUUUAAGUCCUUAAGAUUCUAUUUUUAGUAAAUCCUAAGGUUUAAGAAAAUUUUAAAAUAGUUAAAUUUAUUUUACUAAUACUCUACCUUUUAUUAUGUAAAACAGAUAUCUUAGGAUUAAAAGUAAUAUUCAUAAAGUUUAAUGUAAUUAAUGA